AUUAUGUCACUUUUCACUUGUCAUUAAAAGUAUCAAAAAAAUAAAAACAAAUCCUAGAAUUAAUUAAUUACUUGAAUGAUAAGUAAAUAAGUUCAAUAAUUUAGAACAAAUAAUUUACUGUAUUUAGUGCCGCUUUCUGAAAUGUAUGUUUUUAUUAGUUCUCCCAAUGCCAUUAAAGCGCCUAAAGUUAUAAAUAAAUCGUAUAAUUCAUUUUGCUCAGAUGAUUGUUUGAAAAGGAUUGUAGAUGGCAAAUUGCAAUGUCAAUGUGGCGAAGAUAAUCCAGAUUAUGAGUGGUCAUGGGAAAAUGUUAAAACACCAAAUAUAAAAAUAUCGAAUGAUUGUAGAGAAGUGUUAUUUCAUCCAAUUUAUAGUUCAGGUACAGGAGCUGUAAGAGGAAACAAAUGUUUAGAACAAAAUAUUCACCAUUACUGGGAAGUUAAAAUUAUGUCAAAGCUUUAUGGAACGGAUGUGAUGAUAGGAGUUGGGACUGCUAAAAUAUUAUUCUCAGAAUGGAAAUAUAAAUUUACUAGUUUACUAGGUAAUAAUUCAGAGUCCUGGGGCUAUUCUUAUCAGGGGGAAAUACAACACAAUAAUCUAAAAGGAUCAUAUGGACGUCAGUAUGGUUUAGGCAGUAUAAUUGGGGUUCAUUUAGACCUCUGCAAUGGAACUCUACAAUAUUUUCUCAACAGAGAACCUUUAGGUGUAGCAUUUAGAGGAUUAAAAGGUAAAGAACUAUACCCUAUGGUUUCUUCUACUGCGGCCCAAUCGGCCAUAAAAAUUACAUGUUGUAUCUCGAAAAAGCCGAAUUUACAAAUGAUGUGUCUCAAUAUUAUCACGAAACAUCCCGGUUUGUAUAAGCAAUACAGAAAUAUACCGGGUCUAACGAGAAUAUAUGACCGAAAUUAUUUUUGGAUAGUACCCCAGAUAGAGCACGAUGAGAAAAAAAGACUGGCAGAAUUAGACGAAGAUGUGACAUUGUCUUUGUUUAAUGACCGAAUUUUUAAUAGGAAUAAAAGAUUUAAACCGAUUCGAGUGAUAUCAAUGUUUUAUGAUGACGAGUUGGAAGGUGAUGGAGGUGUUUCGGAAGUUUUUAAUAUCGAAACCAGCAGUGAUAGUUCAAAUAGUUCUGAGGAUAUUAAUCCAGUUUCUGGACUCUCCUCAGAUCCAGAUGAACCAUCGACAUCACAAAAUUCGACCAAUAAAAGCGAAAAUGGUAGUUCUUGCAAAUGUUCAGAAGAGCCAGCAAAAUGUACAUCUUGUAUUUUAAAAAGUCAUAUUGAAGAUGAUUCCAGUAGUGACUCGAGUUUGACAUGUAUUUUAUGAUUUCUAUUACCUAAGUUGUUGAGAAAUCUAUUGUGAUUUGCUAUGUUUUUUUCUGUAUAAGAUAUAAUAAUGUAAUUUAUUUGUUAUAAGAAUUAUUAAAAAUAAUAAUCUAUGGGA